AUGGUGGCUCCUACAAGAAGAAGCUUGGAACUCAUACCCAAUGACAGUGCUCGAAAGAUGGCCUUCCGGAAGCGAAAGAAAAAUGUAUACAAGAAGGCCGACGAGCUUUCCAAACUUUGCGACAUUGAUGUAGCCUUGAUUGUCUACGAAGCUGAUCAAAACAAGGACAUCAGGCCAAUUCAACCGGAGACGUGGCCACAAGAUCCAGUUGAAUUCAAUCGCAUUCUCGACAGGUACAAGGCCUCCAGGGAUACUGCUGCCCCUGGUUUUUCCAAGAGAAACUUCGAUUUGUCUGAUUUUUAUGAGGCCAGGAAGAAGAAAGAUGAGAAAGAUGACAAUAAUGGUGACAACGAUGAUAAUGAUGAUGGUGAUGAUAGUGAUGACGAUGAUGAUGCUCAUGUUGAUCCCGAACUUCAUAAACCGGGCAAUAAACAGAUUUCUGAAGACAAGUACCCAACAUGGGAUCCUCGAAUAGACCAGUUUUCACAAGAUGAAUUGACUGUACUCAUCGCUUCACUCGAAGCCAAGAUACAAGCCUCGACACUGAGGAUUGACUCCAUGGACAGAUACAAGCUAUAUGCUGAAAAACAAAAUCGAAAUUUAUCCCGGCCUGAGUCAAGCUCAAGAAAAACACCGCACCAUUUGAAGCCUGCGAAUUUUGAUGAGCAGAACCCUCAUGACGUGCAGAAUCCCCCCUCUCAAAACCCAAUAAAUACUACGACGACUACUAGUACUUCAGCCACUCAAUCAAGGCCUCCGGCGUCUGUGAAAUGUCCAAUGCUUCCAAGUGCAUGGAUUUCAAUCUCAGAAUCACAGAAGACUUCAUUAAGGACGUCAUCAUCUGGUGGAUGA